AUGGAGCCUGGUAACUUGUCGUGUGCAGCUGUCAAUUUGGACUCUGUUGGUGGUGUUUGCGAUAAAGAUAAUUCAACUAAUGUUGGUGGUUGUGAUGAACUUACUUUGGACUCUGUUGGUGUAGAAGGUAAUGGUGGUUGUGAUGAAGUUAAAUCCUCUGAUGUUUGUGUAGAAGGCAGUGAUGGGGGUUGCAAUGAAGGUAAUUCUACCGAUGUUGGUGUUGAAGGCAAUGGUGGUUGUUGCAAUGAAGACUAUUCCACUGAUGUUAGGGUAGGAGGCAGUGUAUGUGACUUGGAAAUUUCUCCUGGGUUGACCAAGUAUUGGCGCCCAGUUUGUGGUGACAGUUUGAAGCCUCAUGUGGGGCAAAAAUUUGAUUCUUUGGAUGGUGCUAUUGCUUUUUAUAAACAAUAUGCUGGUGCUGUUGGUUUUGAUUGUAGGCAGGGCUCAAAUCGGAGGAGGAGGGAUGGCGUUGUUGUGGAGAAACAUGUGUUAUGCAGUCGUGAUGGGUUUAAGCAGACUAUUUCGGUUGAUGCUAAAACUAAUAAGGUGAAGAGACGGAGGGUGACAAAUAGGGUUGGGUGUAAGGCUAAGGUGUUCUAUAAGCUCAAGUCCAAUGGUUUAUAUAGUGUGCAUUUUCUGGAGGAACGCCACACUCAUUUGAUGUGUUCAAUUAUUGCUAGGCAAUUUUUAAAGGUGAAUCGCAGUCUUGAUGCUGGACACCAAAUGUUCAUUGCGAGUUGUUUUCGGGCAAAUAUUGGUUCUGUUUUGUCAUAUAGGUUUUUUAAGGAGAUUGUAGGUGAUUAUUCUAAUGUUGGUGCUACAGGUGUGGAUUUUAAGAAUUUCAAACGUGAUUUGAUGGCGUACAUAUUAAAUGGCGAUGCUCAAUUAUUCAUAGAUACGCUUUUCAAGAGGCGUGAAUUGUGUGAGGCUUUUGAGUUUGAAUAUGAUGUUGACGAUGUUGAUCAACUUUCAAGGGUUUUUUGGGCUUGUCUAGGAAGAAUUUUGCUUUGUUUGGUGAUGUGGUAUAAGUUGGUUUUUGUUCCAUUUACGGGAAUUGAUAACCAUAAGAGAUCCAUCACCUUUGGUGCUGGUUUGCUUACAAGGGAAGAUGUAGAUUCAUAUGUGUGGCUUUUGGAGAAAUUUAAGAAAACCAUGCGCCAUGACCCUAUUUGUGUUGUCACUGAUCAAGAUCCAGCUGUCAAGGUUGGACCGGUUUUAUCUAAAGAUGAGGUGUUUCGGAGGAAGUUGAAUGGCAUUGUUUGGAACAAAUCUCUUGACUCCAAGGCUUUUGAGGAUGCAUAG